AUGAAUUUUUCUGAGGUCUUUAAGCAGUCCAACCAACUCUGCAAAGUCUCCCCCGACGGAAAGUACUUUGCAACCUGUGUGCAGUACCGACUGGUGGUGCGAGAUGUGAGCUCCUUACAAAUCUUGCAGCUCUACACUUGCCUGGAUCAAAUAUCCCACAUGGAGUGGUCCUCUGACUCCCUCUUUAUUCUUUGUGCAAUGUACAAGAGAGGGCUGGUACAGGUAUGGUCUCUGGAACAGCCGGACUGGCACUGUAAGAUUGAUGAAGGCUCAAUAGGACUGGUCUCCUCACGCUGGAGUCCAGACGGACGUCACAUUCUCAACACCACUGAGUUCCACCUGAGAGUUACAGUCUGGUCUCUGUGCACCAAAGCCGUGUCUUACAUCAAGUAUCCCAAAGCAUGUCAGAAGGGUAUUGACUUCAGUAGAGACGGAAGCUACAUGGCUUUGGCUGAACGCCGGGACUGCAAAGACUACGUCAGUAUAUUCGUUUGUGACGACUGGCACUUACUCAGGCAUUUUGAAACCGAGACACAAGACCUGGCUGGUUUGGAGUGGUCUCCUAACGGCUGUGUGCUGGCAGUGUGGGACAGCUGUCUGGAGUACAAGGUGUUACUGUACUCUUUAGAUGGCCGGUUGCUGUCAACUUACAGUGCUUAUGAGUGGUCGCUGGGAGUCAAAUCAGUGUCCUGGAGCCCCAGCAGCCAGUUCCUGGCCAUCGGCAGCUAUGAUGAAAAAGUGCGUAUCCUAAAUCAUAUCACGUGGAAGAAAAUAUCCCAAUUUGAGCACCCUGCAACCAUUGAAAACACAAAAGCUACUGUGUACAAAGAAGUGGAAAAAAGGUCAGCCGUGGCCAGUGAUGAGCUUUCACUACACAACAUCACAGCGGGCCCCUCCCUCUUCAACACCCAGAAUGAGAUCUGCCCAUUACCCUUUCAAAUUCCUGUGGUCAAGCCAGACCCGGACCGGGCAAACCCCAAGAUCGGUGUCUCUGUUUUGGCCUUCAGCUCAGACAGUCGGUAUCUUGCCACCAAAAACGACAACAUGGCCACCGCCCUGUGGGUGUGGGACCUGCAGAAGAGCAGCCUGGAGGCCGUGCUGGAGCACAUGUCGGCCGUGCGCUGCUUUCAGUGGGACCCUCGGCGGCCCCGGCUGGCUCUGUGCACCGGCAACAGCAAACUCUACCUCUGGUCCCCGGGAGGCUGCUCCUUAACCUGGCACUGCAGUGGAGAGUCUCUCAUCCUGCUCGGUAAGGAGCAGCUUUGUUUGUGCUACAUGGACACUGAGCAGGAAGACCAAUAA